AUGGACGUUGACGUUGAUGAAACUCCGAUUUCCCCUCACAAUGAUGCUGAUAACAAAGAAGAGAAGGCAGAACUAAGGGUUGAUGCCGGCUUGGAAUAUGAAGACAUUAUCGAUGGCGAUGAUAUCAAUUUUGAUGAAGAAAUCAUACUUGAAGAAGGAAUAGUCGAUGAGGAAGGAAUCUAUGAUGUGGAUGAAUUGUUUGACGAGGAACUGAUUGCCGAAUACCAAGAAAUAAAAACUGAUGUCGAGGAAGGAGAAGAUGACGAACUCCCUGCAGUACACUUCAACGAGGUUCUUGAUGAUAUCUUAUCCACUUCACGAGCUUCCGAAAUUCCUAGUGCGCAUAGUAAUCAAUUCGUUGCAUACCGAACCUUUGUCUACAAUCCACUUCAAGAAGCAGUGCUUCCAGGACCCGAUGCUCAUCCUUCAUGGCAUAAAUUCGUCCACAUUGGUGAAGAUCGUGGGGACAGAAACAGUCGCAUAGAGCCAGUUGCAGCAGCUCCACUAUAA